UCAAGACAAAGAGAAGAUAGAGAGAGAGAGAGAGAGAGAGAGAGAGAGAGAGAGAGAGAGAGAGGAAUGGAGGGAGGUGGUAGUGGAGAUGGAAGCCUCACCAAUGUCUUGGCCUCUCCAAACAGGGAUUUUCUCAUAUCUCCAUCUGGAGACAAGGUCAGUGUUAAGGAAUUAGAAGGAAAAACUGUUGGAUUGUAUUUUGCUGCAAACUGGUACUCAAAAUGUGAAACUUUCAACCCAGUUUUGGCUCAAGUUUAUGCUCAAUUGAAGGAACAAGGAUUGAAAUUCGAAGUAGUUUUUGUGUCUUCUGAUGAGGAUCAAAGCUUAUUUGAGCAGUUCCACAGCAAAAUGCCUUGGCUUGCUGUGCCAUUCAAUGAUCUACAAUCUAAGAGAGGUCUCACUGAAAAAUACCAUAUUGAAGGCAUUCCCUCCUUGAUCAUACUUAAUCCCAAUGGUGAGUUAUUGCGCACCGACAGUGUAGACCUCAUCUAUCGCUAUGGUUGUCAAGCUUAUCCAUUUACACCGGAGAGGAUGAUCGAAUUGGAGGCCGAAGAAAAGGCAAGACAUGCAUCUCAAACUUUAGAGAAACUCUUGGCUAUUAAUGGUAGAGACUAUGUACUGAGUCAUAAGGAGCAGGUUUUGGUUUCAAAUCUAGUAGGGAAGACAGUAGGAUUGUACUUUUCAGCUAACUGCUCUCCUUGUGCCAAAUUUACUUCUAGAUUGGUGUCGAUAUAUGACAGUUUGAAAGAGAAGAACAAGGAGUUUGAGAUUGUGUUUGUUUCAAUGGACAAAGAUUUGGAAGAGUUCUUACAAUGCUUUAAUGGCAUGCCAUGGCUUGCUUUGCCUUAUGACAAUGAGUCAUCGAAGGACCUAUCUCGGUAUUUCGACAUCAAAGGGAUUCCCUCACUCAUUAUUCUAGGUCCUGAUGGAAAGACAGUCACAAGGGAUGGAAGGAAUCUGAUAAACUUGCACUUGGAAAUGGCAUUUCCUUUCACCGAAGCACAAUUACAGUUACUCCAAGAAAAGAUUGAUGAAGAGGCUAAGGCUUAUCCAACUACUUUUCACCAUGUUGGUCACCAACAUGUUCUGAAUUUAGUUUCGGCGAACUCAGGCGGCGGCCCAUAUAUUUGCUGUGAGUGUGAUGAGCAGGGCUCAGGCUGGGCUUAUCAGUGCAUUGAUUGUGGUUAUGAGGUGCAUCUGAAAUGUGUUAAUGAAGUUGGGAAAGAAAAUGAAAAAAAUAAGCAAGAAUUUGAUGGACAUGAUGGUUCUAUCUCUGCUACGAAUGCCGCCAAAUCAUGAACAUAUUUUCGAUCUAUGCUUUUAACUGCUGAUGUCCAGAGAGUGUCUCGACACACCGAUAUCUCUUAGACUCAAAAACAAAUCUAAAUAAUCACUGUUUUGACUUGAAACUCUUGGAUGAUAACAGCCUGCAUCAUCCAUGGAUGUGUUCAUAUUUGUACAAUCUGUUUGACAGUAUGUGAUGGUCUGUGAAUUGUGUUACUGUUGCAGUCUGUUUACUGUUAAAAUCAAUGAAGUUGUUUUUACUGAAACAACUUCCAACAGAUUGAAUGUUGAUAUAGUUCAAGAGUGAAACCUGUGAACUGUAUUACUGUUACAAACUGUUUUACAGGUUAAAUCAAUUGAGUUUGUUUCUGCUGAACUUCUUCAGUGAA